GCUGUUUUUGAAUCAGCUUUCAAAGGAAUUCCAUUAGUUAAACUAUGAUAAGAAUGAACAAAAUACGACGGUUUAAGCCUCUCAAGAGUAUUUCUCAUAACUUCAACGUCUUCUGAAAACAAAAGUUUAUAAUCCAUAAACUCAAUCUCGUAACAAUUUUGUUGUGUCAGAACUGUGAUGUCUGAACAUUCGAAAGGCUUUUCAAUAGUUUUUUCAGGAAACUCGCACAAACUUCGAGCCACAUUCGUAACAACAAGUGGUCCGUUCUUCCCCCAGACAGUUCCGUUAUAAUUUUUCAUAAAUUCGUCAGUAGAUUCUCGGUAAACUUAUGAGCAAUAUCUGUUGACUCAAAAUGAAAUA